UGGAAAAUGGAAAACAUCAUAUGAACGGCCAGGUUCACGCCUCACCAUCGCACGAGGAACUAGUUGAGCUGGAUCCUGAGGAGGCUGAAUUGGAUGAUAACAUCUAUUCCGACGAUGAAAACGGAUCUGCUUCCGAUGACUGCAUCUAUGCAUACAGAGGUGACGAUGAUGCGCCAAAUCCGUUAGAUCACCGGGAUCUGCAGGCAGAUGAUGAGACUGAUUUUUUGGAGAUGGAUUUUGACCCAGAGCCAAGCUCAGAAUUGGAGAAUCUGUUGGAAAAUCAAGAUGAAGAGGACUAAAAUCAAAUAAGAAUAGUCCGGUGAUGAUCUUAUGCAUUAUAUUCAAUACAUAAUCCACGCCACUGACAUUAUUUUAUACAUUCCAUUGAACAAUAUUCUAAAAUAGGAAAAAGUCACUUGUCCAAAAAAGUUAUUCCUAUACUCACGUCGGAGUCUCAGACCGAAAGUGUUAAAAAAGUGACACACGUUCCCUUCGUACCAACACAUACGAUACGCUAAACCAUGACGAACGACGAAUAACGAAGCUAGAGAGAAUCGCAAAGUCGUAGUGUUAAUAUUUUCUGAGAAAUGAACGAUUUAUUGGUUUCUCGGUCUCACAGACCUAUGCGCGAGUAUAGGAGUAUUAAAAACAUAGUUAAACAUCUAUUAUAAAACCGCAAACAAAGCGACGCGUCGUUGGGCCUGUCUAUACAGAAACAUAUCAUUAAAAUGAACUGAACGGUUCAGUCACUAACCAUUCAUCUAAGUGAAUCAGUUCUUUUCAACCGUUCUUUCGCUCUUUCAUUCAUCGCUAUUAGGAACAACAUAGAAUGUUAGCUGGAACCCAACAUCAAUAGACAGCUAUUCAUUGAAAACGUUGGACUGGAUAGAAGAUUUUUUGACUCGUAUGGGAUUUAUAUUUUUGAAAUUUAGUGGGAAAAGAUAGUCUCUACUUCUUUAAAAGUCGCAAACUUUUAUAUGAAAAUAUGGUUAUCAGAAAUUAUGAGAGAUUUAGAGAGUUAAAGAAAAAAUACAGCAGCGAUUUUUUUCUAAUUUUCACUAACAAUAAAUCAUACAAAAAAUCAUGAUAACACGUGGACGCAAUAGGCCAAACAAUAGAUUGAAAGCAAGGAAAAAACUUUUUUCUCAACUUUCUCCCAUUAGAAGACUUUAUGUUUAACUAAUUAAUGGAUCGUCCCAGCUUCCACUAGAUUUUUUUUUCUGAUAAUCAGAAAGUGUAUGAUUAUAACGCGGAAUUGAGAAAAUACAUGAAAUUAGAAGAAAAAAAGACGGGUGGGUAAUGUCGGGGACAUAACCGGAGUGACGUAGGACUAUACAAAGGGGACAGCUUUUGUUAAAUAUAUAUUUUAAAUAUA